AAAAUAGGAUUGUUCUAUUUGGUAUUCUACGGCGUACUGGGCGCGCUGGUUGCAAUCUGCUUCUGGGGUUUCUUUCAAACGUUAGAUCCAAGGAUACCGAGGUGGCAAUUAGAGCGUUCAAUAAUCGGAACAAAUCCUGGGCUAGGAUUUAGGCCACAGCCGCCAUUAGAAAAUGUAGAAAGUACCUUAAUCUGGUACAAGGGAACUGACAGCGAGAAUUUCAAAUUCUGGGUCAAUUCUUUAGAAUCGUUCCUGAAAGAUAUACGCCUGGAAACCAGAAUUCUACAAUGAUACAAAUACGUUGCCACAAGCGAUGCCGAUCGAUCUCAAAGAGCAUAUCACCGGGUUAAAGAAUACUCACCAGUUGAACACGAUCUGGAUAUCUUGCGAAGGGGAGAAUCCUGCAGAUCAGGAAAAUAUAGGACCAAUCGAAUAUAUUCCACGAAGAGGAUUCCCCGGUUACUUUUAUCCUUUCGAAAAUUCCGAGGGCUACCUCAGCCCUUUGGUUGCUGUUCACUUCGUCCGACCUCGCACUGGAAUUUUAAUAAACGUAGAGUGCAAGGCGUGGGCGAGAAACAUAAAACACAGCCGUCAUGAUAAAAUGGGCGUUGUCCAUUUUGAAUUGAUGAUAGAU